AUGUUUUGGAUCAUUCUGACUCAAGAAAAAAUCGACGAGUCUCCCAAGAAAGUUUUUGAACAACACAAAACAGGUAUGAUUCUGGAAAAUAGUUCAAAUUUUAAUCAUCUUUUUUUUCAGUAACAAUUGAAUCUGUUCGAAAUUCGGUUAAAGUUGUUCAAACUUUCGCGAAUCUUGUGAAAGAUUUUUCACUUGAAGACAUGUCGCCAAAAUUGUUUGAAUGGAUCCGAAAGGAACUCAAUAUUGUUGAUUUGAGAACGGUUAGUUUUAGAUUUAUAAAGAAAAAAUAUGUUUUUUUGUUUACAAGUUAUAAAAUCGUCGUUGCUGUUACAGAAAAUUCUCGAGAGACUUCCGAACUCGAUUUUCGACAAUUUGGCCCACACUAUUAAAAUAUUGAAACAAUGUUCUCUAUCGCAUCCGCCAAUAACGGAAAAAACUGAAUUUAUGGCAAUGUUAAAUGAUCCAAUCGAAGCGCAGAACAAAGAGAUGGAAAACAUCGAAAAACCUGUUGAUAAAUCUCAAGACAACUUCAAACAAUUAUCGGACAAGGAAUCAGCAAAAACUGGACGAUUGUCUAAGCAAAACCUUGUUGGAUAUUCGGCUAGUAUGACAACAAUGCUUCAUAAUUAUCAAGCAAGAACUGUGACUCGCGCUGAUUCAUUCAUUGAAUCAUACGAAAAUCAGGUUUCUUCGCGAAACAUUGCUGAUCUUGCUCAAUUUUUGCUCACAAUCAUAUUGUAUUCAAUCGCUAUGAUCAUUUUCGGAGCCGACACCGCGUUUUUCAUAGUUUUUCAAGCACGAAAGAUAACACUGACAACUCUGAAAAAAUAUUCAAAUAUUUUUAUGCUCAUUUGUUUGAUAUUUGCAGUUGGCCUAUCGGUUUAUGCAAUUCUUGGGACAUUUCGUAUUUCGCCAUUUCGAUAUGAUUGUGAAUUGAUCGGCGAUUCCCAAAGUUCAGACGGAAAGUUUUUGAAUUUUGAUGGACAAGUGGCUAAUCUUCGGUUUGUUUUUUUCUGGAAGAUAUUUUCACCUGAACAUCACUCUUGCCGAUUCGACAUGUUGUGCUAAUUUUUCGCUCAAAAAUCUUAUGAGAAUUAUAUUUUCAGCUCAAUCACUGAUGAAUGCAAAAAAGAUGAAUCGGUUUAUUCAAAAAUGUCGGCACAUUUGAAUAAGAAGACAAUUUCUGGAUAUUUAGAGAAUUAUCAAUCUGAUGUUCAACAUUUCUCUACUGGUCUCACUUCACUUGAUAUUAGAAUGAAUCCUCAAGCAAUCGGCAGUCAUAUAUCAAAUUUAAAAGGUCAAUAUACUUUGUUUAAGAAUCAUCAGAUAAAAAAUUGUAAAAAUAUGGAUGGUCUGGUAUUGAAUAAUAUUCAAUAUAUCAUAACACUAUUGACCAACCGUACAACUGAUUUGGAAGAAUUCGAUCGACUGGGACUCGAUAUUUCGACGAAGUUGGGUAUUUUGCCAUCAAACACAAAUCAGUUUAUCCAAACAUCUUUCAAGGAAUUGAAAAAUAUUACUUUGAAAACUGUUGAUACUAUAAAUGUAAGUAAUUUGUUUAUCUUUAAUUGAAAAAAAAAACAAUGUUUAAUUUCAGAAUCAACUUGAUUCAUCGGAUAUUUCAUGUCAUCUUAAUAUUCCAACCAGGCCUGUGCCGGAAAAUCAAAACCCGGAAAACGGAAAAUCGGAAAAUUUCCGGAUUUUUUAA